UAUUUUUCAAUUACAGAAAGUUUUUGGGCAUUUCAGAUUUCUCCUUUAGCUUCGGGGGGUUUUGACCAAAAAUUUCAUUCCCUCAAUUUCAAUUUCAAUUUGGUGGGAAAAAUAUUGAAAAAAUUCAAUUUCUGAUGAUUCAAAUUCUACUGUUCACGGGUGUUUGACGAUUGAGAUUUAAUAGGAUCUUUGUUCUGGGGAGAUCCUAAGGAACCAACGUUAGACUUUUGUAUCAUUCGGCAGAUCUUUAGGCAUUUGAACUAUUAUGAUGCCAUUUUGAGAGAGUGAAUUCGAUUAGCAGGUGAACAUUUGGGAGCCACUUCAUUGUGAAAGCAUGGACUGCAACAGAGAUGAAGCCCUAAGAGCAAAAAAAAUUGCUGAGGACAAGCUAGUGAAAAAAGAUUUUACAGUUGCAAGAAAAUUUGCCUUGAAAGCGCGUAAUUUAUUUCCAGGACUUGAGGGUAUUAACCAGUUGUUGACAACACUUGAUGUGUACAUUUCUGGGGAGAACAAAAUUAAUGGGGAAGUAGACUGGUAUGGAGUACUUGGUGUAAAUUCAUCCUGUGAUGAUCAAACAAUAAGAAAACAAUACAGAAAGUUGGUUCUCCUGCUUCACCCUGAUAAAAAUAAAAUUGUUGGUGCUGAUGGAGCAUUUAAGCUUCUUUCAGAAGCCUGGAGCUUGUUAUCUGUUACAGCCAAGAGGUUUGCUUAUAAUCAAAGGAGGGGUUCUAGGGAAAUCCAACAGAAAGUUCCCAUGCAAGCAGGUGGUCCAUCAGCAGCAUCCUUUGCAAAUGGAUAUCAUAACGUUGCAAGUAGGACAACAUCGGUUCUGAAGACCAAGAACAAUGGGGCAAAGGUGUCCCCCACAUCUCUUCCUACUCCAUCCCAUCCCAGAACUGAUACUUUCUGGACCAUUUGUCAUCGAUGCAUGAUGCAUUAUGAGUAUCUUAAGAUAUAUCUUAACCAUACUCUUCUUUGUCCCAAUUGUCACAAGGCCUUUCUGGCUACUGAGGCAGCUUCACCUUUCCACCGAUCCAAAUCUUCCAAUCCUGCUGCUCCCCAGCAGCAUCAAAAUUCAAGUAGUCAUGCACCUAGUCGGAAUGCUUUUGAUACAGGACAAAAUGGUGCAGCUGCUAAAAAAUCAGGAUCAGGACAAGCAGGUCCGAAUUCAUUUAAACAUGCAAACAUCCAGCAAGAUACACUAUCUGGAGCACUUGGUGUUGGUGGCAAGGAUCCUUCUAUUGCAACCAAAGCAGCAAACGUUAUAAAGCAAGUGCAGCAGAAAUUGAAGAGAGCAUAUACUGAAUCACAUACCCCUUCUGGUUUGGAGGGAGAUAUUAAAAGAAGAAAACUAGAUAAUGAUGGCUAUCGGUAUGGCAUGAACAAUAAUGUGGGCCAGGAAAACGGUGGUAUUGGAAGAGCAGAUUUAGAAUAUACUGGAAAUCUUAGAUGGAUGUUCAGGUUGCUGGAGAUACAUAUAAGCAUGAAGGCCUUUUCAAUUGGAUAUUAUUGUCAGUCAAAUCUAACCCAAAGUUUGACUGAAUUGAAUAUAUUCGAGAAGAUUAAGAAACAGAGUUCCUCAUUUCCAUAUAGGUCAUAG